GAUUGAUAUAAAUUUAUGUUUAUAAAAAUCGAUCUAAAAUUUCUUUAUUGAAAUAUUUACAUAUAUUUCAAUAAAGAAAUAUUUUCUUUUUGUCUGCUAAUAAUUUUUUUUUCAGUGUUAAUUCAAACAUUACAAACAGUGCUGGCCUUAGGGGGGGGGCGAGGUUGGGCGCCGCCCAAGGGCGCCAGGAAACUGGGGCGCCAAACGUUGUAUGCAAACUUUAACAAUAUAAUAAAUAGAAAAAAUAAGUCAAGGGAUCGUCCAUAAAUUACGUAACGCAAAGUUUCACAAAAAACAAAACAAAAAAAGAUCAAAAGUUUUCCCUUGCACAGUCUUAAUUUAAAUAAACAAUGAAAAUAGGAAAUUAAGUCAAAUGAAAAUCGCUGCGUAAAAGAGCCUAAUAUCUCCUACUCCUGUUCUUAAAAUAUAUUUUGCGUUGCGUAGUUUAUGGACGAUCCCCAACCUAAAUUUUUUCGAUUUCGAUUUUCGAAUGUUUUUUUUUUUUAUGAAAAUAAUUUCUUUAAAUAAUUUAUUUAUUGUAUUAUUACACUGUUAAAAAUUGUUUAUGCAAAAUUAAUAAUUUGAUUAAAAGUGUUUCAAUCAUAGCAUAUAUUUUGUUACUUAAAAUCAUUUUUUUAAUUGUAUCUUUCUCGGCGCCAAUUAUUUUGCGUUCCAUUUAUUUAAAGUUUAAAUUUUAAACAUUAUUUUCGGUACGAGUUGCGAGCGCGUCGUUUAUUAAUUUGUAGAAAAAAUUUAAAGUUGUAUUUGUGAUUCAAAUUCAGUUUUUGUCAAGUUUUCAAAUUUUGCGGUAAUAAAAAGCAGACAAAUAGAAACUGUCAGCAGCAAUCAAUGGAGAGUACUCAUAAUAAAGAAAAAAAUGUUUUUAAAACUCAUAAUAAUAAGAAACCAUCUGGUGCUCAAUACAGAAAACGUAAAGCAGAAAAAGUUGAUAAUUUGAAGAAAAAUUAUAAAAAACUUGAAAAUUUUUUUACAUCGGAAAAUAGUGAUUGUAAUAAAAUAAAGGAAGGAGAAAAUGUUGCUCAUGUACUUAGUGAUACAUCAACCAGCGAUGAAGAAGACGGAAUAGUGUCAGUUGGAAAUGUUCACUACGAUGAAAAAGAUAUCGAUAAAGAAAAUGAUGAUGGCCAAGAUGGUGAUGUAAAUGAUCGCACCAAAGAAACAGCAAGCGAUUACUCAGACUGUGGUUUGUGGCCAAUUCAUCGCAACAUUCAAUUUGUUGAUUAUGUAAUUAAUAUAGGUGCAAUACAAGUGAAUUUGGACACAUAUCCACGUGAUAAUAGAAGACGACAUUUUUCAAAUGCUUAUUACAACCGAAAACUUUCAAAUGGUGAGGUUAUUUCACGACGUUGGCUUGUGUACUCAGUUUAUAAAGAUACGGUAUUUUGUUUUUGCUGCAAACUUUUUGAUUUCAACAUGAAUUUAAAGUUAAACGGAAACGGAUUCAAUAAAUGGAAAAAUUUAACAGAAGCAUUAAAAAUUCACGAAAAUAGUAAGUCACACAGAAUUGCUUAUCAACUAUGGAUUGAGACAGAAAUACGAAUGAAAGCUGGUGAAACUAUUGAUAAACAAGAACAAAAACUAAUUGAAAAGGACAGUUUAAGGUGGCGAAGUGUUCUUGAACGAUUGAUGAACAUUACUUUAUACUUGGCAACAAAUAAUAUGGCCUUCAGAGGUUCUUCUGAUAAAUUGUAUGCAGUUAAUAACGGCAAAUUUUUAGGAUUGGUACAAUUACUCGCUAAAUUUGAUCCUAUCAUGUUAAACCACGUCACGCUAGCUCUUAAAGGAGAUAUUUCUGAUCAUUACUGUGGAAAAACCAUUCAAAAUGAAAUGAUAGAUAUAAUGGCAUCAAAAGUAACCAACAUAAUUAUAUCCAAAGCUCUAAAAAGUACAAAUUAUUCUAUUAUUGCUGACUGCACUCCUGACGUAUCUCACAAAGAACAACUCUCGCUUACGAUUAGAAUUGUAAAUAUAUCAGAAUAUCCUAUAAAAAUAAAUGAACACUUUCUAGGGUUUUUCAAUGUUAACGACACAACAGGUCUUGGUUUAACAGAAAUCAUAAUUGGAGCUUUAAAAGAUUUUUGACUGAAUAUAAGCUUUUGUCGAGGGCAAGGUU